UCUCUCUCACACACACAUCCUACCCCUUAUUACCCACCUUUUGCACUAUAAAUGCAUGCCCUUUUAUUCCCCAUUUGAUGCAAGUUCAUCCCUUCCAUUCCAAUUCUUCAAAUCCAGAUAUAUGGGUUUUCUUUAAGCCCAUAAUCUCCAUCUAUCUUCAACUCUAAACCACCUCAAACAGACAUUAAUUAAACCAUAAUUAAUCUGUUUGAUACCUUAAUCAUUCCAACAAAGAUGUUUUCUCCACCAAGAUCCAACCUUUCUCAAGCCUCCCCUUCCCCUCAAGAAGAUUAUGAUGAUGAAGCCAAGAACAGAGAAAAACAUGACAAUUUGGGUGGUUGGAGCUUUAUUCAAGCUUUAACUCCCAGUGAAAUUAAUGGGUCUGAAAAAAUCUAUGUUCAUCCAAUGGAAAAGAAUACUUCUUCUUCAAUUCUUAGCAAAAAGAGCCUCGAAAUGUGCACUGAGAAUCUGGGAAGCGAAUCAGGAAGUGAAGGCAUUAUUGAAGAACUCAUCUUCCAUCAGAUUGGUACAUCUACUAAAAUACAAGAAUUAAAUGGGAAAAAGAAGGAGAAGAUGAUCUUUCCUCCUCCUAUAUCUUCAAUUAGAGGAUCUGAUAUUGUUCAAGUCUUGCCUCAUAGGGAAGGAGGUAGAUUGCUCAUCAAAACAGUGAUGGUUAAUUCUAACAACGGCUACUUUCAGGCAGAACGAUGUAAUGGUCGGCUUAGACUUUCCCUUUUAACUGAAUCCGAUGAUACCGAUGAUGAAAAUGAAGAUCAUGAUCAAGAUGAAGACGAAGAUGAAGAAUGUGAAAUUGGGAUUUCUACGUUGAUCAACAGUUGCAAGGAAGAAGAUGGGAAUGGGAAUGGGAAGGAAGUCAUGUCAAAUUGGGGGCCAUUUUUGGUGGGCAUCUCCUAAUUAUAUUAUUAUUAAUUAUUGUUACUAUUUCCAUUUCUGUUUUACCUCACCUUGCUUGUGUGUGGUUGUUAGUUAUUAUAGUUAAUGGAUAGAUAAUGUAUGCCACUUGUUUAUGUAAUUUGUAAUGUGUUAUUACUAAACUCCUUGUGUUUGUUCUAUUCUAUAAAGUACCCUUUUCUUUAUCCAACCAACAUGA